AUGGCGAUAUUACAGUCUUGUUGUUUUUGGAAGACAGUACACAAAGGCAGUAUGGCAAGUGCGACGUAUACUUUGGUGUACUUUGGUUUCUCCACUCUGGUAAUGCUUAUUUCCAUUUACGAUGAGCAAGAAUUUCUGGCUGGCAGUAGAGAACAACCUGUAGGAGAAAGCAUACUGGCCAAAGGGGAGAUAACACCCGCUAUUGUUAUUUUCAAUAUUCUCUUUUUCAUAUGCUCAGUGUUCAUAGUUAUAUCAUCGUUACUGGUGUUCGUGGGACUGAGGCAUAAUCGUAGUGAGCUUCUGCUACCUUGGAUUGUAUUUAUGCUCUGCGAUGUCCUAAUUGAGCUAUUUCAUUUGGGCUAUUUAUCAGUAACGCAAAUGGUCAACUUCGAUCCCGUAGUGGGCUUUAUAUUCACCAUCGAUUUUUUUAUUAUGUGCCUGAAUUCCUACUGUCUACUGUGCGUCAUAUCGCAAUAUCAAAAUUACCAGCAGGGACGUGGCUACGGAGAUCAACAGAUGCGGACUACCGUAGUGAUAGAAUCGGCGGAUGGUGGGCCUAUACAGAAACAAAGUUAUCUGAGGGCAACGGCAGCGAAGCAGUACAGCAGUCGUAAUAUAGCAAGCCCUUACGUUACGACGAAUCCGAACACUCACAUUUCUACGAUACAGGAGGAGGCGGACCAAAGUCAAAAAAUCCACAUAAGCUCAGUUGAGCUGAAGAGUGAACCAGCAGAGGACAACAAUUUAGCCAUAACCAUCAAUAUCCCGACAUCAUUUGAAGCAUAAUUCUACUGAGUUCUGAUAUAAAUUGCCAUAUAACGCAGAGCAGAGCGGCAGCAGGCAGCAGGCAGAGCCUGGUACAAAAUUAAAACACAUUUUUGUUGUUGUAUUUGUGUGUGUACAAAAUCACUUGCAAAAACCACGGCUAUAUACAAAUAAAUGUGAAUGCAAGGGGAAGUGUAUGAGGUAAAAAUGAUUACAACAAUGCCGCAAAAGGUACUAUUCAGGAGUACAAGAAAUUUAAAUGUUGAAGAGAAUAAAAAACAACUCGAAUUGUUGUGAGUUCAUGUAUAAAAAAUUUCAGAUAGAACAAUUUUACAGCACCAAUAUGUAUGCAUGUAUGUAUGUGUUAUAUCUAUGAAAGGUAAUUCCACGAAAUGGGAAAAAAAUCGCAAAAAGGUACUUCCUGUUUCCCCUUUUUUCGAAUAAGAGAUUUUUCGUUUAACCCCACUUUAUCACUCCAAUAAAAAAAUAACAAAGUAAAAGUAUGCACAUCAGGUAGAUACAAAAAUAUUAAUUUUUUUUGCUAUGUUUUUAUAACUGGGAUCUUACUUUUUUC